AUGGAUAAGGAUAAAAUAUUGACAACAUGAACUCGCAAAAAGUGAAUAAAUUUUCCUGUGCACGUUGUGUUCAAACUUUUUCCAAAAACAGUAAUCUACGCCGGCAUGAAAGAAAUGUUCACUCUAUAAAUAAUGCAACUUGCAACCAAGUUUGUGGUCUAUGCAGUUUAAAAAUCCGAACAAUUAUAGAUCUCCAUAAGCAUAUAAAAACGGAACAUCCUGAAAUUAAAUUAACUUUUCAUGAUAAGGUAUUUUUUUGUCAAUCUGAUUUUGACCAGUGGAAAAGUGACAUCGAGCAGCAAACUGUCUCUUCUUUUAUCUUAAAAAACUCAUUACUAAAGGAAAAUUCAGAAACUCGGUAUUACAGAUGUCACAGAAGUGGUAUUUACAAACUUUGUGAAAUAGAAAGGAAAAGACGUUCGAAAUAUACAGGAUCUAUAAAAACUAGCAUCACUUGUCCAGCAAUGAUCGCUACUAAAGAAACUGUUCACGAAGCUACUCAAAUAACUGUGCAAUAUCAAUCAACUCAUGCAGGUCAUAAAUGCGAAGUAGGAAAACUUCCCUUGCAAAAAGAAGACCGUGCAACGUUGGCUAAUAUGCUAGAUGUUGGGAUACCAAUAAGUGUUGUGAUGGACAAAAUUCAAGCCCAGUUCUCGCCAACGAAGCGAUUAGGACUUACUACACGUCAGGAUAUUUACAAUGUUGUUCAAGGUUUUAAUGUUAGCAAUAUUAUGCAUAACAAUGAUGCUAUGGCAGUUGAUAUAACUGUGAAGAAAAUGAUGCAGGAAGAAAGUAAUCCUGUUCUAAUAUACAAGCCGAUCGGUGAAAAACUAAAUCAAUAUCCAGGAAUUGAAGAAGAAGAAUUUUUGCUAGGAAUAGCCACUGAAUCUCAAAUUGAGUUAAUGGAUUUUUAUGGAAAAGAGUGCAUCAUGUUAGAUGACACCCAUGGCACUAACCAGUAUGGGUUUCACCUAACUACAAUUUUAGUCCAUGGGGAAAACCACGAGGGUUUGCCAGUAGCAAUUCUCUUAAAGAAGAAAAUUGUCAUGAUGACCGAUUUUCUUCUCUAA